AUGAUUCAUUCCAUCGCCGGCGAGGGCGUCCCAGCCUAUCGUCCGUUCCAAUGCCUCGUUUGCCAAAGCCGGUUUACCAGACAUGAGAAUCUUAAGCGACAUGCUGCACUUCAUGAACGUUCUCAUGAGAAGGUGGCGCUGCCAUGUGGUGUCUGCGAGGUCACUUUCUCGCGUCACGAUUUACGACAUCGUCAUAUGAAGAGGAAACACCCGGAGCACAGCGAGAGACGACCUGCCAAAAAGCGGCGAUGCCAACAAGCGGCAGAAACGCAAGUGGGUGAUGAAGGGCAAUGUGAGGGAGGAGACGAGGCGCCAUCUCCAUCCUCUGCAACGAGUCGGCAAAGUUCUCACCGUCAGCAGUCGAGCGAUGAAGGCGAAGUAGACGUUGAUGGCGGACUAUGGCACACAGAGCUACAGUAUUCACAUUGUCGUACCAAUCAUGGCCAUCCAGAUUGCGCAGAAAGCAUGUGCCUUGCGAGAGGCGCGCCUACGAGCUCCGAAGGAGGCAAUAGCCCAAUUAUCGCGGCCCAGUUGACGCAACUGCCCUUGAUCAGGACCGAAUCGACAUGUGUAGAUGAUACUGUACAAGUUACAACUUCCUUGGAACAGAGCCUGUUGAUGGGAGAGACAUUUCUCAAGUCUCCGCUGCAAUUUAGCGCCACAAUGCAUUCGAUGGCAAUUUCGCCUCCAUCUUCAUUUGACAUCCAAUGGCCCAGCUUUGACCUCAAUCACAAUAUCCCGGAUAGGUUACCAUCGAAUACCCCCCUCCGGUUACAGGACGAUUGGUAUCCCUCCGUCUUGCAGACCACCAAGGGCUGCGAUCUCUUCUUCACCUACGUCUCCCACUUUGUCCCUUUUCUACACCAACCCACCUUUGAUGCCACACUUGCUGCUCCUCACUUGGUCCUCAGCAUGCUUUCUCUUGGCUACCAAUACGGCGAGGAUCCAGACUGCAGCGACCAGGCAGGCUCAGGCGCCAGGCUGUCUGCGCGAUGCUACCAUCAAGCUCGAGCCCUCAUGGCCACUGAAGAAGAGAGUGCGGAUGAUACGACACACAAUAUCCCCGCCGUUCAGACGUAUCUACUGCUGCAGAUCUGUGCCAUCAUGUAUCUAUGCGGCAACGACUCGACAUAUGGGCUCAGGAUGCACUCCAAGAUGAUUUCUCUUGUUCGUGCUGGAGGGCUAAUGCAACCAAUGCCAAUGCAGUGCAGCACGACGGAAAAUCUAGAGUCGCUGUGGCGAGAAUUCAUCAAGGCCGAGUCUCACAAACGAACCCUUUUUGCCGUGCACCAGAUUGAUGCGCUCUGGUAUCAAUUUCUGUCCAUCCCCCGCUCAAUCUCACAUCUGGAAUUCAAGCACGAGUUGCCCUGCUCGGAAGAUUACUGGGCGGCAUCCACAGCCGCCGAAUGGGCGCACCGGCAGCUUGUUGCGAGGCAUCAUCCCGGCCCAUCGAUGCUAUAUACAGACGCUAUCCGGCGGUUUCUAUCCCCCGAAGCGGACCUCGACUCCAUUCCAGCAUUUGAUCCCUACGGGGCGAUCAACAUUACACAGUUCCUAAUCUCUAGCGCUCGCGAGGUAUCUGGCUGGUCUACUAUGACGGGAAAACUAACAAUGGAGAGGAUCGAGCCUCUGAGGUCAUCGCUCAUUGCUCUCAGCCCCUUUAUCCACCCGCAACCUGGAGCUGGAAACACAAUACACGCGGCGUUGUGUGAGGCGACAUGGGAGGCUGCUAUGAUUGAGCUGCAUAUGUGGUCGCCGUCACAUACUAGUGGCAUAGUGGAAGGAAGUAUGGAUGCGGUACUGAGCAAAUCGGAUUAUUUGGCACCCUCUUGUGAAAUCUUGUGCGAGUCCAACACUACCAGAGCUAUCCAGCCACACGUUGACUGGUUCUUACGUUAUCUGGAUUCGACACUCUCACCUGAUUCCGAGGCACCGUGGAUUGCUUUAUAUGCAUAUCGAGCCUUUUUGAUUGCCUGGAACCUUAUUCAGGGAGGAAUUUUAGGUGCAAUGCAAGCAAUUAGCAUUCAUGAUGGAGAUGUGGAGGGAGCAUUGACGUGGGCCAGGAAAGUCUUUCAGCGACGGCAGCACUGGCAACUUGGAAAACUUAUUUUGUCGAGUUUGGAUAGCUUGGAGAUGCGAGUAGCAGGAGGUGCUUCAAAUUAG